AUGGGAAUAUAUGUGCCCUUACCCAUUGUUAUUUCCCCCAAAAUCAAGGGUUCCUUUCCUUCUCCUUCGUUCGUUCAUCCUUUCCACAAAAUCACCACAAUGGAUUCCAACUUGACAAUCGAAGUAAAUCAUACAGGUUCUUUUGUCCCCAAACCGAUUGUGUAUUUCAAUCCAGUAAAAGUGGUUAGCAAUGUCGAUUUCAGAAGCAUGAGUUUCAUGGAGUUCAUCUCUCAGGAGACAGUUAUGGAGUGGAUUGAAGAAGAGAUAGUUGAAGAUGGAUCGAUAGAUGGUAAUACGGAUGAUGAUGAUGAUGUAGACUCUGAGCUUUUAGAUAAUGAGCUUGUGGAGCAUGGAUCUGAUGACAAAGUGAUACAAAUACAACCAUUUGAUGAUCAUUUCAUUAGAAGAAAAUUUUCCAGGCCUCUAAGAGUUGUAGAUGAUAAGAAAGAUGUCAAGAAAGAUCUUCAUAAGUAUCCAGUUCAUGAUCCUAACCGAAAAUGGGAUACAAUGGUUCCAGUCUUAGGUAUGAAAUUAUGUGAUCGUUAUGAACUUAAGCAUUUGUUAAGCAAUUAUGUUGUUGCUAAUGGAAAGAGUGCCAGAAUGUGA